CGUACUUCAUAGGCAUCACCCCUAUAAGGGGAUAUCCUCAUAGGAACGCUUUUGAAAGAAUGUUAUUUUGCGUUGUUCAUGAAGAAGAAAAAAGAAAAGGGAAGGAAAUUGCGGUCAUGUCGAGCGCAGUUUUGUACCUUUCCCUUGUGGUGGCCCGUGCUCUGUAUCAUGUGAUGUACGCGGGAGUCACGUCCUGAUCAUAUAAGCAGACCGCAGCUUACAUAAUUUAUAUCAUGCAUUGACGUGACCCACUCAUCCGCUAGGUAGUUAGUUAUGAUUGAAAAGCUAUGUAACCAGUUAGUCACCAGGGAAGCUCCUCUUCUGCCUCAGGCGCCACACAUCCCAGGCCGAAAGCGGCGAAUGAACCCCGCGGAAAACUCCCCUCAAUCCAUUAGUAGAGUCAAUUAAUGGGUUAACAAGACCAUAUAUUGUUGUUGCACAUAGACUCAAAAUCUCAACCUCACGGUUUAGGAGGCAGCUGAUAAUCCUGUUUUGAUUCCCCGAUCAGACGGAUCUUCCCCCAGGUAAAUAAAAUGGCCCCUGAAAUGAUGUCGUGGUUCUUGUUCCCCGCUGGUGCGACUGCUUGCGGUGUUUUCUCAAUUGAGUUGCUUGUGGAGGGGUCGUGGGGAUAAAUUUUUCCCUUCCUUCAAUUUUCUUUUCCCUUCCCCUUUUCUUUUCUGGAUCCUGACCUUGACGUGAUUUAGUGUCUCUCACGGUCGUUGUCUCAAAAUGUCUCAACAAAAGUCAGCUAUCCUCUCCGUCUAUGACAAGACUGGACUGCUCGACCUGGCCAAGGGCCUGGUCCAGAACAAUGUCCGUCUGCUCGCCUCUGGUGGUACCGCCAGGAUGAUCCGGGAGGCAGGAUUCCCUGUCGAGGACGUUUCUGCUAUUACCCAUGCUCCCGAGAUGCUUGGUGGCCGUGUCAAGACCCUCCACCCUGCUGUCCACGGUGGUAUCCUCGCUCGUGACAUUGAGUCUGAUGAGAAGGAUCUGGCCGACCAGAAGAUUGCCAAGGUUGACUUCGUCGUCUGCAACCUUUACCCCUUCAAGGAGACCGUCAACAAGGUCAAUGUCACCAUCGCAGAGGCCGUUGAGGAGAUCGAUAUCGGGGGCGUGACCCUCCUUCGUGCUGCGGCCAAGAACCAUGCCCGUGUCACCAUCCUUUCUGACCCUCAGGACUACCCUGAGUUCCUCAAGGAGCUCGAUGCCGGCGAGAUCACUGACUCUCGCCGGAAAUUGUAUGCUCUCAAGGCCUUCGAGCACACCGCAGACUAUGACGGUGCCAUCUCCGGGUUUUUCCGCAAGCAAUACGCCGGUAACGGUGAGCAAUACAUUCCUCUGCGUUACGGCACCAACCCCCACCAGAAGCCCGCCUCGGCAUACAUGCUUCAAGGUAAGCUUCCUUUCAAAGCCCUGAAUGGUGCUCCAGGUUACGUCAAUUUGCUUGACGCCCUCAAUGCCUGGGCUUUGGUCAAGGAGCUUAAGCAGGCGCUGGGCUACCCUGCCGCAGCUUCCUUCAAGCACGUUUCCCCAGCUGGUGCCGCCGUAGGUGUUCCCUUGAACGAAAAAGAGCGUAAGGUCUACAUGGUUGAUGAUAUCGCUGGUAUCGAGACUUCCGGCCUAGCUCAGGCUUACGCUCGUGCCCGUGGUGCCGACCGCAUGUCCAGCUUUGGAGAUAUUCUCGCUCUUAGUGACGUUGUUGAUGUGCCCACCGCCAAGAUCAUCUCGCGUGAGGUUUCGGACGGUGUCAUCGCCGCAGGCUACACUCCAGAGGCUCUUGAGAUCCUCUCCAAGAAGAAGGGCGGCAAGUACCUGGUGCUCCAGAUGGACGAGACAUACGUCCCCGCCGCUGAGGAGACCCGUACUUUGUACGGUGUUCAGCUCACCCAGCACCGCAACGAUGUGGUGAUCUCUCCCCAGAAGACCUUCAACACCAUCGUGACUCCCAAGGACCUACGGAGCCUCCCCGACUCUGCUUUGCGUGAUCUCACCGUGGCAACCAUUGCUUUGAAAUACACUCAGUCCAACUCCGUCUGUUACGCUCUUAAUGGCCAGGUCGUUGGUUUGGGCGCUGGUCAGCAGAGCCGUAUCCACUGCACCCGUUUGGCCGGUGACAAGGCCGACAACUGGUGGAUGCGCUUCCAUGACCGCGUCCUCAACAUCAAGUGGAAGCAGGGCACAAAGCGUGCCGACAAAGCUAAUGCCAUCGACCUGCUCUGCUCGGGUAACACCCCUCGCACCGAGGCAGAGACCGCCGAAUACGAACGUGUCUUUGAGGAGGUCCCUACUCCAUUCACUCAGGAGGAGCGGGAAUCCUGGAUCCAGAAGUUGAGCGAGGUUGCUGUCUCAUCCGAUGCUUUCUUCCCUUUCAUCGACAACGUUUUCCGUGCCGCCCGCUCCGGCGUUAAGUACAUCGCUGCCCCUAGUGGCAGCCAGAACGACGGCCCCGUCUUCGAGACUGCGGAGAAGCUUGGCAUUGUUUUUGUCGAGCAGGGAACACGCCUCUUCCACCACUAAGCUGUUGCCAUUGCUUGAUAUAUGAUAGUCCAAAUGUUAUGCCAGUAUUUAUAUGUGAUGAUGUCAGUCCAUAUUUUCACGACUUUAUACCUAACUCUCUGGGGAAAUGAAAUAAAAGAAC